AUGGCUGCCUUCAGAAACCUCCACAGCUCAACAGCUUGGCUCCUAGUUCUGGUGUUAGGAUUGUCUCUGCUCCAGCAAGCUGCUGCUGCAUUUGUUCAAACAGCAGGCAGCCCAGACUUAAAGAAGCUCUCAGGUCAAAGCAAGAUAGGCCCAACCUUGACCACCACAGAAGAUACUCAGGAGACUCUUCUACCAGCUCGCUGGCCUGACAGAGAAGUUAAAGGGCUCUCCAAUGAUUUGUUACUGCUCCUUCAUCCAAAUAUUGAAGGCUCUGGAGAAGGAAGUGGGUUGCAAGAGAGCAUGGAGGGAAACGGGGGGAAGGCACCAUCUACUGGCGUGUUGGAGAUUAACAUGUUCAUCCUAGAUGUUGAAGAGAAGAGAGGUUUGGAGGAAAGCAUAACAGACGCACCUCCUCCCCCUGCUGUUGCACAAAAGCUCACGCAAAGGAUUAUCCAUGAUGAUGAUCACGAUGGCUUAUUAAAUGACAUGGGAACUGUUUCUACAGAAGAUGCCACAGAGGACAAAGUGUCCACACUUAAAGCUGGACUUGAAGCCUCAGGCAGCAUGUCCAAUCCUGAAGUUCAGUUCAUUGCUACCCAAACAUCUGAUAUGAUCAGUAAAUUGCUAGAACCAUCUGAAUCUCUAAAUGAGGAAAACAGGCAAGAGGCAGCAGAACUAUCACCAGUGGACACUAAAACUAUACAGACAGGUUUUGUCCAAACCACUGCUUUAAGAAUCUCUCUCUCUCUCCCUCUCUCUCUCUCUCUCUCUCUCUCUAAUAUCUCAGAUGAUGACAAAUCAAAAUGGUUUGGUGGAAUAUUUGGUCCAAUCACAGAAAAAGGGCUGUCUGACAUCUCAGAUCCAUGUGUGCUGGGUAUAGGCCCCUGUGUGUUUCCUACAAGCCCCAAUGGCACUCUCCUGCAGUGGGAGGACUUGCGUCGCACUCUGGCGUUUGCCUGGGAGCUCCACGUCUUUGGCUCUGCCAUACUUUUCCUGUUAGUGGUGUGCUGGGCUAUCUGGGGAGUGACAGGUGGAGUUGGCACACACCACCCCUUUUGUGGACCCCUUAUUUUGGCUAACACCUUGUUGCUCCUUGCAGGUUUGCUCAGAUUUGUUCAAUUCAUAGUUGACCCAUAUGGCACAAAGCAUAUUCUGCCUCGUCCAGUCCUUGCUGCACUGUAUAACUUACCACUUGCCCUGCUGCUGUGGGCACAGAUCACCCUAGCCCUGCUAGCAUUGAAAGGAACGACGCUCAACCUCCUGACUCCUGCUCUUCAGCGCCCCCAUGUAACCGGCGGUCUAGCAGCUUUGCAUUGUGCUUCCCUUCUGGUGGCUGACCUCUUGUCCCACACUCUGUCUCCAGCGCUGCCCUUAAUGCUGCAGACGCUCUCGAUCUGCUGGGGUUUACCCCUCUGUUUAGGAAUUCUCUUCCGGGCUCUCACUCCACUUCGGCCUGCCACCAGAACCCCGAUCCCAAGGUGGGGAGCCUACAAGAGGGUUGAGGAACGUGCCAGGCGGGUGCUAAUCGUUUGUGCCCUCCUGGGUGUGCUGUGCUGCGCUCUACAGAUCCAUGGCCUGCUCUGGCUCUAUGGGCUCCUUGGGGACUGGCGUCGCUUUGGCUGGGGCUGGUGGCUUGGGCAAUUCUGGGCACGUCUGCUUGAGCUAUCCUGGAGCCUCUCGCUCCUGCUGCUGGGUUCACGGGCAUUCUGGAGGCCUAGGGGAGGGCACAGGAGAGGAGAUACAGGUCAAGGGGCUUCUGGAAGACCUGAGAGAGAAGUUCUAGCAUCCUGCUUAGAAAAAAUAUUACCAGCAGGACACUGGAAGAGGCGGGAACACACCUGGGCUGAUCUGUUGCCUAAUAAUUGGGCAGGGUACCAGCAAUCCAGAGCAAAUUUGAGGUGUUCCAUGGUUCGGAAGUAUGAAGCAACAACAGAUGAUAAUGUGAAGGACAGCAAUGCUGACAAUAUUAGUUCUGGAGCCUUUAAUAACAGCAACUCUCAAUCAGCUCCUCGGUGGUCUCAUGGUCUGGAAUGGCAAGAGCGUGACUGUGUCUUGUCUCUUAUCGAAUUUGACCUGUGCCCUCCCUCUCCCAUCGAACUUAGACGUAGCAUUGACAAUGCCUUGAAUUUCGGCCACCUGUUGGGCAGCAUGGGUAGCCUCUUCACCCCUCCACCUCCAUCCUGGACCCAGAGUGAGGUUUCCACAGCACCUCCUGGUUGUGAUUUUGCAACGCAGAACACGCCCACCCACAUAGCCUACAGAUGGGCUCUAGAUGCAGGUUCAAGCCCCAUCUCUCCCCAGCGCUUCAGGACGGCGUCGCAGCCUGAAGUGGCAGUGUUGGAUCCACAAACCUUCCUUCCUCUAGACAUUACCAGUGAGAGAAGGCUGUGGGAGAGAAAUUCAGCCAUGCCAGUAGUUAAUGAAGAUGGUGACUGGAUGAGCAUCACAAGUGGGGAUGACAUCACUAAUCUUUAA